AUGGCGCUCUAUGAAGGAAUAUUGCAAAGAGAUCGAUAUUACUUAGCGAAAGCAAUCACAUUAGUCGAAUCCUCACGAUCCGAUCACAAAAUACAAGCACAACAACUUCUCUCAUUGCUUCUCGACGCACAGAACAAAAUAAUGCAUAAAGACUUUCCUUCCGUGAGGCUAUACAAAAAAUUGGAUGCCGACAUAGGAGACACCAAUAAAAAAAUCACGUAUCGAAUUGGGCUUUCUGGACCUCCGGGUGUUGGUAAAUCUACUUUUAUUGAGGCUUUUGGUAUGCACGUGCUUUCGAAAGGGCAUCGUGUUGCUGUGCUUGCUGUUGAUCCGUCUUCACCACGUACCGGUGGCUCUAUAAUGGGUGAUAAAACAAGGAUGCCGCAACUUUCUCAUCAAGAAGACGCGUAUGUUCGACCUUCACCUACUCGUGGAACACUUGCUGCUGGAUACGACGUGAUUCUAGUUGAGACUGUUGGCGUCGGACAGUCGGAGAUAAUGGUAUCCGAGAUGGUUGAUAUGUUUGUAUUGAUAGUUCCGCCGGCGGGUGGUGAUGAAAUUCAGGGACUCAAGAAAGGAAUAGUGGAAAUCGCUGACCUCGUAAUAGUUAAUAAAGCUGAUGGUCAAUUGGCGAAUGCGGCUAAAGAGGCUGCUGCAGAGUAUAAGAGUGCUUUGAAGUACUUGAAGCCGACUUCUUCUGUGUGGAUGCCAAAAGUGAUACCUGUAUCGGCAAAGACAAAGAUGGGAAUUAAUGAUGUUUGGGAUGCCGUCAAAGAGUACUUUUUGAAAUCCAGUGAAUGUGAAAGGAAACGCGGAACGCAGCGUAAAUUGUGGAUGUGGCGUCAAGUUACUUCUGAAUUAUUAGAAAGAUUCAAGUCCGAAUCAUCGAUUAGAACUCUCGUAAAUGAACUAGACCAAAAACUCUUUCGUGGUGAGAUCACAUCUGGAGCAGCUGCAGAUUUAGUAGUCGAUCGGUUUAUCAAUAAAAAAUAG